UGUUUUCAGUGCCGGGCCCACUGCACUUUCUGAAAUCAGUCUUGGCUGAGGCAUGGUGACAGACAGGGACUUAGCUCUGCGGCUCGGCUUGGAUUGAACUGGACUCCUGUUUCUGACUUAUCUGUACACUUGUGUGUGCACUCUACACUAUGCAUCCACACCUCUACACACAGCCUGCAUGUGAGUGUGUGCUGAAUCACUCCUCUGAGUGAUAGUACAUUGCAACUGAUCCGGACCAGAACCAGUUACUUACCUCUUGGAGUGUGUACCGGAGCGGUCUGCCUGGGUCCGGGUCGGGGUACCUCUGGAUGUGUGGGAGCAGCGCGGUCCCUCAUGUCUGUCCAUGAGUUUCUGCGGGAGGGGGCAGGUGAGGUGCCCUCCCGGAUCAUGAACAGACUGAGUCAGAUGAUCCAGAGCCUGGACAUCUCUGGACUGGCCUCCCCAUUCACCCCCGAAGCCAGCCGAAGGAACUCCUGGAGGGACUGGAACGAUGAGAUCAUGCAGCAGGAGAGCAGUCCCCUCUGUGCCAUCGACAUCACCCCUGACCUCAGGAAGCAGUUUGCCUACCUCUCAGGGGGCCGAGGGCAGAACAGCAGCCCCAUCAUUGUGUUCCCAGAGUUCCCUGCAUUCGGAGAAAUCCAGGAGAGGGAGUUCCACAACGUGCUCACAUACCUGACCAGCAUCCCCAGUCUGUCUGCGGCAGGAGUGGGUUUUAUCCUGGUCAUUGACCGGCGGCAGGACCGAUGGGCAGCCGUCAAGGGGACCCUGCUCCGCAUUGCAGGUUCGUUCCCAGGAAACCUGCAGUUAGUUCUGGUAUUGAGGCCCACCACCUUAUUCCAGAGGACUCUCUCAGACAUCUUAUUCAAGUUCAACAAGGAUGAGUUCAAGAUGAAGGUGCCGAUGAUUAUGCUGAGUUCUGUGACUGAGCUCCACUCCUACAUAGACCGGACACAACUGACUACUGAGCUGGGAGGAACCCAGGUGUACUGCCACGAGAAGUGGAUCUCACACCGCACCGCCAUUGAGGGCUUUGCUCUGAUGGUAAAGAGAACAGCUCAGAUCCUGCAGUCGUUUGGGACAGAGCUAGCAGAGACCGAACUACCCAAUGACAUCCAGGCUACCAGCAACCUACUGGGGACACACAUCAACAAGAAGAGCAAGAUGAAGGAGGAUCUGCUGGUGGCUUUAGGACAGGGCAGCAGACUGUUGGAGAGUAUUAAUGAGCCAGUGGUCAGAGACCCAGACCACAACAUGAACCAGGACGAACUGGAGAACCUGGCCACUGUACAGAGACUGCUUUCCCAGUUGAAUGAGACAGAACGGGCAUUUGAUGAGUUCUGGGAGAGACAUAAGACCAAGCUGGAGCAAUGUCUGCUACUCCGCCACUUUGAACACAACUACAGAGAGGUGAGGUGUCUGCUGGACCAGGUGGCAGAGAGAUUGACAGCUUUCUCGGAGGUGGGAAUAAGCCCCGCCCACGCUGAUCACAUCUUCCGCGAGCUGAGCAGCCACGAGGAGAGAGUCUGUGAGGUACUGGACCGAACCCAGGCUCUGGCCCGUGAGGGUGACGAGUUGAUCCAGAACUCCCACUAUGCUGAGGACUCCAUCCAGCCCAAAUGCAUCGAGCUCCGAGCCGUGAACGAGGAAAUGAGCACUUACCUGAGAGCAAAGAAAGACCACUUACUCAGAGCUAUAGAGCUGCACCACAGCCUGGAGAGGGCUUCUAAGUGGUGUGAUGAUGGCAUCUACCUGCUGGCCUCUCAACCCGUGGACAGGUGUCAGUCACAUGACGGGGCGGAGUCAGCACUACAGGAGAUUGAGCGUUACCUGGAUACGGCGGGACAGAACAAACUGACUGAUCCUAGUGCCAUCUGCAGGGACUACAAGACAGUGCUCAACCAGGAGUUCAGGGACCAAGUGGAGAAGGUGUUCCAGAAGCAGGUUUCCAUGCAGGAGAUGUUUGACAAGAGGAGGGUCAGUCUGAAGAAGCUGGCAGCCAAACACACCAGGCCAGUCCAGCCUGUGGCCCCAAGGCCUGAAGCCAUCAAGUCCCCACUGUCCUCGCCAGCAAAGAGAGUGCUGGAGAAGAGCUGCUCAGAGGGAGACUCUGUGAACAGGGUCAGCUGUAGAAAGGUGGAGGGCCAGCUACAGAGCAACAGAAGUGCCUCUAUGUCAGAGGAGGACGAGAACCUGGCCAUCCUCAGAAAACAUGUAAUGAAUGAGCUGCUGGAGACAGAGAGGGCAUACGUGGAGGAACUGCUCUGUGUUCUACAGGGCUAUGCAUCAGAGAUGGACAACCCAGCCAUGGCCAGUCUCAUGCCCAUUCCUCUGCAAAACAAGAAAGAUGUGCUGUUUGGCAACAUGCCAGAGAUCUACCACUUCCACAAGAGGACCUUUCUGAGGGAGUUGGAAGAGUACGAAGACUGCCCAGAACUUGUGGGUCGGUGUUUUCUGGAGAGGAUGACAGACCUGCAGAUCUAUGAGAAGUAUUGUCAGAAUAAACCUCGCUCUGAGAGCUUGUGGAGACAGUGCUCCGACUGCUCCUUCUUCCAGGAGUGUCAGAAGAAGCUGGAACAUAAACUGGGCUUGGACUCCUAUCUCCUGAAACCUGUCCAGAGGAUCACCAAAUACCAGCUCCUGUUGAAGGAGCUGCUGAAGUACAGUAAGGGCUGUGAGGGGUCAGAAGACCUGCAGGAGGCGCUCACCUCCAUCCUGGGCAUCCUGAAGGCUGUCAACGACUCCAUGCACCUCAUCGCUAUCACUGGAUACGAUGGUAACAUGGGCGACCUGGGACGGCUGCUGAUGCAGGGGUCAUUCAGUGUGUGGACAGAACACAAGAAAGGUCACGCCAAGGUCAAGGACCUGGCCCGCUUCAAGCCCAUGCAGAGACACCUGUUCCUGCAUGAGAAGGCCCUGCUCUUCUGUAAGAGACGGGAGGAGAACGGGGAGGGCUACGAGAAAGCCCCCUCCUACAGCUUCAAACAGUCCCUCAACAUGAGUGCUGUGGGCAUCACUGAGAGCGCCAAAGGUGACAACAAGAAGUUUGAGGUCUGGUGCAACUCACGGGAGGAGGUGUACAUCGUUCAGGCCCCAACAUCUGAGGUAAAAACAACGUGGGUGAAGGAGAUCCGGAAGGUUCUGACAACGCAGCUGGAGGCCUACAGAGAAGCCAGUCAACAGAGGCCGUCAGACGGACUGUUCCAGUUCCCCCCUGGUGCUGGAGCACCUGUUAGCCUCAGUCCAUUUAGAAGAGGGGAGAGGAGCAUGAAGGAGAAGAAGGGAGAACCCAGCAGCCCUGACGCUAACUCCUGCUCCUUCCCAAAGACCAAAGUAGAAGCAGCGACCAGUCCUACCUCAGACAGAGCAGCUGUGGCUAAAAAGCGUUUUACCUUGCAGGGCUUCAGCAACUUCAACAAAGGUAACAGCCCUAGCUGCCCUGACCAUAAAACCAAACGUCAUGAGAUAAAGAGUGAUCCUACUCCGUUCGGCUUUAAAGACCCAGGCCCUCACGCUCACCUCCACCUGGGCAGAGUCAGGUGGUUCAGCACCUCGAGUCUCUUACAGGCCAAGAGGAGAGGAUGGACCAAGGGCUCUCUCUCAUUGGACGCCAAUGAGGAGAAUGAUGGCUACUCUAGCCCUGAAGAGCCCCUGAACUCAGACCCCGAGGACGAGGAGGGAAAGAAACUAUGUGCAGGGAAGUACACAGUGGUGUCUGACUAUGAGAAGGGAGAAGGCCAGGACCUGUCAGUCAAGAGUGGUGAAACGGUGCAGCUAAUCAAGGAGGGAGAUGACGGACAGUGGUUUGUAAAGAACUUGAAGACCAAGCAGGAGGGCUGGGUGGCUGCAGCCAACAUUCUCACCCUGAUUGGAGAGUCCAAGUCCUGCCAGUCUCUCACCAGCUCAGAGGGCAGUGGCUCAGGGAACCUCAGCACUUCAUCCAGCUGCUGUGAGACUUACACCAGCUUCUCUGACAUCAAGCCCUGAACCCUCCACCCUUCCCUGGCCCCAUCAGGCCACCCCAGACCCUUUGUCUCCAGACCCCAACCCAACAGCCCCAGCUGGUGGCUCCCCCAGCAAGACAGCACUUUCUCCCCCCCACCCUAAACACAACUUCACCCAUCUUACCCAGAGGCAAGCCCCUCUAUUAGGAUACUGGUCAGCAACUUCAAGAAGAUGCCAACAAUAGACUUCAUCAAAUAUCAUUGACUAGAUGUAACGGAUGUGAAAUGGCUAGCUAGUUAGCGGGUACGCGCUAGUAGCAUUUCAAUCAGUUACGUCACUUGCUCUGAGACUUUAAGUAGGGUUGCCCCUUGCUCUCCAAGGGCCGCGGCUUUUGUGGAGCGAUGGGUAACGCUGCUUCGUGGGUGACUGUUGUUGAUGUGUGCAGAGGGUCCCUGGUUCGUGCCCGUGUCGGGGCGAGGGGACGACGUAAAGUUAUACUGUUACAUUGAUGCUGUUGACCCGGAUCACUGGUUGCUGCGGAAAAGGAGGAGGUUGAAAGGGGGGUGAGUGUAACGGAUGUGAAAUGGCUAGCUAGUUAGCGGGUACGCGCUAGUAGCAUUUCAAUCAGUUACGUCACUUGCUCUGAGACUUUAAGUAGGGUUGCCCCUUGCUCUGCAAGGGCCGCGGCCUUUGUGGAGCGAUGGGUAACGACCGUGCUUCGUGGGCGACCGUUGUUGAUGUGUGCAGAGGGUCCCAGGUUCGCGCCCGUGUCGGGGCGAGGGGACGACGUAAAGUUAUACUGUUACAUAGAGAAUGGGCUCCAGCGCCCUUGUGUAGUUAAAGAGACACAGUGUAGUGUAGGUGGGCAGCAGCUACCCAUAGACACUAAUCUUAGGUCAGUUUGGCACUUUUGCAUUUAUCCUUCAUAAAAUUGUCAAGGUUAGGAUUGGGGGUUGGGUGAGCUGAUCCUAGACCUAACCCUCAGCUAUGCAAGCAGACCUCGGGCGGCCAGUAUUAGUAGCACUACAACAGACAAAAUGCUAUGGACAAGAUGGAACCUGACAUAACCCAUAGAAAUAUAAUACCAUUUUGUUAUGAAUUCUAAUUCUAAGAUUAACCUGAUCAGGUGUCACUGAUAUAGCGACCCCAUCUGCCAUAGAGUGGUCGACAUGGAUCGGGUUGAGCCCUUCUUGUUGUACUGUAAGUUACAAUGCUGUUGGUCUGCAUCAUGGUCCCCUUGAUUGUCUACAAAUAGACAAGACUGUAUUUUUUUUUUUAAAUAUAAAGUUAUUGUAAAUAAGAAAGAUUAUGAUUAAAAAGUAUACCAUGUGUAGCUUUUCAGAUUGUUGCUCUGUAAGUUCUACCAGUUACCUCAACUGGUGACCAUAUAAGUAACCAAUAUGACCUUUGGUAGGCCUGUGACUAUCUUAUUGCCUCUUGGAGAGUGAGGAGUUACUGUUUAUUUGAAAACAGAGGGAAGGGCAUGACUCUUGUUAUGUACUGUGAUAAAGAUGUUAUUUUAUGUCUAUCUCUGUAAUGUAAUCUCUCUCUCUAGUCUUUCUCUCUCCCUCCCUCUUGUUCUCAUAGCCUACCCUGUCCUGCAACAUUAGUUUUGUAUAUGGUUCAGACAGAGCAGUCACAGUAUCAGUUUCCUCUGUCCUCGUCAAAUGACUUUAUUAGGAGAUCCCCUUUCCAUCCAUUUCACCAGCUCUCUGUUCAGACAUCUAUUAAACAUGACUUUAGUCAUUGCAGGUGUCUUCUCCAUAUGUACUGUGAACUUUCCUAGUUUUGUGAAUAACUCAGUGUAUAGUCAUAACUUAUUUAUUGUAAAGCAAUCAUAUUUUUUUAUGUAGAUAUUGUUUAUUAACUCACUUUUCUUUAUGAAAUCAGAAAUUCUCUAUCAGUCAGCAGUUGUGAAUCUUUUUUUAUAUUAAAGGACUUGUGGUACAGGUAA